AUGUUAAAGGAAAAGAUACGAGCAGUUAAAUUCUCACCUACAUAUGCAUACAUAUUUCUUAAUUUUUUACAUCUAACCACCUGUACUAAUCGAUUGUUGUUCUUCCUUCUUUUUCGCUCCUUACAGAGCUGCAAGAUUUGCAACAAAGCCUUCGCCAAUGUGUACCGUCUGCAGCGUCAUAUGAUCAGUCACGAUGAGUCCGCUUUGCUGCGCAAGUUCAAGUGUAAUCAGUGCGAUAAGGCCUUCAAAUUUAAGCAUCAUCUCAAAGAGCAUGUACGCAUUCAUUCCGGCGAGAAACCAUUUGGUUGUGAUAAUUGUGGCAAAAGAUUCUCACAUUCCGGCUCCUACUCCUCCCAUAUGACCUCAAAGAAAUGCAUCAGUAUGGGCAUGAAAUUGAAUCCGAACCGUGCUAUGCUAAAGGCACUCGAAAAGAGUGCCACCACCCAUGGAGCGCUGCCUACGAAGCGGAAUAACUCCAGUGGCAAUGCACUUAAAACAAACGGACUCACAGAACCCGCACUGAAUGCUAGCACUCCACUGGCACCUGGACUGGCACAGCAAAUGAAUUACUAUGCCAGCGAUGCGGGCGCGAAUGGCAAUGUACCACCGUUCUAUCAACAUUUAUUACCCAAAUAUGAUGACUAUAACAUGAAUGCCAUGAAUGCCGCACUAUUGGCCACAUUCCCCAAUCCGUUCUACAGCUUAGCGCUGGAUCCUCGCUUGCCUCCAUACAGUAUACAACGCCUGCUGGAGCUUACGGCUGUGGGUCAACAACAGCAACAGCAGCAGCAAGAACAUCAACUGCAGCAGCAGCAGCAGCAGCAUGAGGACGAACAGCGUGGGGAGCAACAGGCGCUAUGCGAUCAACCACAAAACGAGUUGCAGGAGGAGCACGUCGCGCACAUUGAAGAUUCGUUGGAUGAAGUAAACGAGGAGGAGUUGCCCGAUGAACCCAAACUAGUAAUGGAUCUAGACGAGAGUGAUACUAAAGAGGGAGGUGAAGAGGACGAAGAGGAGGCGAGAGUCUCAUCAGAGGCAGCAGAACAUUCCAAUCACAUCGAUGAGGAGGAGGAGGAGGAGAGGGAGGAAGAAGAGGAAGAUGUAAUUAGGGAAAAGGUGCAGCAAGAAGAUCGCACAGAGUCGCCAAAGGAGGCGGAAAGCAUACAAAAUGAUUCUAUUUUAGAGGAAUCUGCCACAGCAGAGUCUGUUGGGCAAGAGACAGUGCCAUCGAUCAAGUUAGAACAGAGUAGUCCUGCCACUCCAGCAGAGGAGGAACAAGCCCAACAGGCAGAAAACGAUUCACCAGAGCCUGCGAUUAAACAAGAGUUAGACAAUACCGCCGAUAUUGAGGAAUCACGACCAAUGGAAACGUGUACGCCUACCAACAAAGUAGAGAAGGUCACGAAUACCGAUCUGAGUAUAGCCAGCGCGCCCGAGCUACGCUGUGGACGUUGCGAUACGCAAUUUAAUCAUCAAACCGAGCUCGUGCAACACGAAAAGGUGCUCUGCGGUUACAUCAAGCAAGAGAUGCAGCAGCACUACGAAGAGCUGCAGCCAGAGCGUCAGCCACAGCCGCAAGCUGAAGAGGAACUGAAACAGCCACAGGCGCUUAGACCACCACAGCAUAGUUCGGAUGACGCUACCGAACAGUCAGGCACAUCAAUCACUUCGCUAUUGCAUUCCAGCGAUGCCGAGGACUAUCAGGAUGAACGCGAUUCUUCUUCCCGCAAUGAUUGUAACAGCGAAAGUAGCGAGCGUAAGGUACGUGUACGCACUGCCAUCACUGAGGAACAACAACAGCAGCUGAAGCAACACUACGCCAUCAAUGCGCGCCCCAGCCGCGAAGAGUUCCGCAUAAUAGCCGCGCGUCUGCAGCUGGAUGCGCGCGUCGUACAAGUCUGGUUUCAGAACAAUCGUUCACGUGAGCGUAAGCUGCAAAGCUAUCAGCAAGCUAAUGGCAAAUUACCUUUCCCCUUGCCUGCAGCUGAUGCGGCUGUUACAGCACUGGAGCGCGCUUCAGUGCCAGUCAGCGGCCGCACCGGCGAAGAACAGCCAUUGGAUUUGUCGCUGAAGCGCGAUUGGCCCAUUUCGGCGAAGCGCAAUGCUGUGCAACAACAACAUUCACCGCUAUACGGCAUUGCACCAAUGCAAAACGUCAACGGCUGUGAUCUCAACGAAGCCAUUAACUUGAGUCGUAAAUUGUCUGCUUCGAUGUCGCCACCCUCUUCGCUGUCACCAUCUUCCGCCACCUCUGUGCCUCAGUCGAUCAAACAACAACAAGCGGCAUUCUAUUUUGGCGCACCGCAUCCAAAUCGACACUUCCAACGACAAACGCCUUCGCCCAGUGAAGCGCCAUCGCUGCCACAGCAGCAACCGCUUACAACGCGCAACGGUAACAACAACAACAAUAACGGUUUCUCAGCCUCGCUCGCCGGUCAUCUGCCACCAUAUAUGCUGCCUACCGGCGCCCAGCGCAACCUAAUGCCAAUGGAGGCUAUUUUUCGCAUGACACCCGGCGAGUAUGCGUGCAAUCCGCUGAUCAACAGUAUUAAAUUCCCCGACUAUCGCGGCACCAGCCUUAGCCCAGGUGGUUCAGAGAAGCGCUCUUGGCGCGAUGAUGAUUCGCGUAUCUCACACGACGACGACUACAUUUCCAGCGGCUUGUUGCCGAAACCGAAGCGACCCAAAGCAGAAACGCACGGACAUGCCGGCGACCCGGACUUGCCCUUUGUGUGUGAUCAGUGCGACAAAGCGUUCGCCAAACAAAGCUCGCUGGCGAGACACAAGUACGAGCAUUCCGGUCAACGCCCCUACCAGUGCAUGGACUGUCCGAAGGCUUUCAAGCAUAAACAUCAUCUGACAGAACAUAAGCGGCUGCAUAGUGGCGAAAAGCCAUUUCAAUGCACCAAGUGCCUCAAACGGUUCUCCCAUUCCGGUUCCUAUAGUCAGCAUAUGAAUCACCGUUAUUCGUAUUGCAAACCCUACAGGGAAUAGGUAAACGACAAUUC